AUGUCAAACGGAAUCCUCAGAACGUCCGGCUCCAGCAUUGUCGAUGCUGAGGGCAAGCCUGUCCUUCUCCGCGGCACCGCCCUCGGUGGCUGGAUGCUGAUGGAGAACUUCAUGAACGGCUUCCCCGGUCGUGAGCACCAGAUUCGUGGAGCACUGCUGAAGGUGCUCGGCAAGGAGAAGUGCGAUUUCUUCUUUGACAAGUUCCUCGAAUACUUCUUCACCGAGAAAGACGCCGAAUUCCUCGCCUCGAUUGGCUUCAACUGCAUCCGCCUGUCUUUCAACUACCACCACUUCGAAGAUGACAUGAACCCCUUUGUGAUCAAAGAGGAAGGCUUCAAGCAUCUUGAUCGCGCAAUUGAGAUCUGCGCCAAGUACAAGAUCUACACAAUUCUCGACCUCCACUCCGCUCCUGGUGGCCAGAACCAAGAUUGGCACUCAGAUAACCCGACCGGAUACGCCGCGUUCUGGGACCACAAGCAUUUCCAAGACAGAGUUAUCAACCUUUGGCAGGUGAUAGCGAAGCGAUACAAGGGAAACCCGUGGAUCGCAGGAUACAACCCUCUCAACGAACCCGCCGACGUCGAGUGGACUCGCCUUCUCGCCUUCUACGAUCGCAUCGUCCCCGCCAUUCGCGACAUUGAUCCCGAACACAUUCUCUGGCUCGAGGGCAACACGUUUAGCAUGGACUUUUCUGGCUUCGCAAAAGUGUUCGAUAACUCUGUCUAUGCGGUGCACGAUUACUGUGGAUUCAGCUUUCCCAACCGUAUUGGUAGAUACCAAGGUCUGGCAGAUCAGGAUGCCUAUAUCCGCCAGAUGUACGACCGCAAGGUUGCUUUCAUGAAAGAGCACAACGUGCCAAUUUGGAAUGGCGAAUUCGGUCCAAUUUAUGAACGAAAGGAGUACAACCCAGACUUCGAAGAGCACAACGAGGAACGAUACAAGAUGCUGGACAAGCAAAUGGCAAUUUAUACCGACGAGGGUAUUGCUCCAUCCGCAGCAUGGAGUAUCUGGGCCUACAAAGACGUAAACGUCAUGGGCAUGACCUACCUCUCCCCCGACUCCGCCUGGCUGAAGCUCCUCGGCCCCAUGAUCCGCAAGAAGCGCGACCUCGCCGUCGACAGCUGGGCCUACGACGACGCACACCUCCAGCCCAACCUCUUUGGCCCCCUACACAAGUGGUUCGAAGACAACGUCCCCGCACAAUACAACAAGAAGUACCCGUGGCAGUGGCGCAUGCACAUGCACGUGUUCCGCGGCAUCCGCGGCAUCACCAUGACGGAGUACAUGAUCCCCGAAUGGGCCGAUUACUUCAAGGACAAGACGUUUGAAGAGCUGGAUGAGCUUGCUGCCAGCUGGAAGUACGAAAACUGCAUUCAGCGAGAGAGGCUGAAUGAUUUGUUGAGCCUCUACGCGCCCAUGACGCCUGGGGACAAGAGGUUGGAGGGCAAGGUGAUUCCCUCAGAGGUUGAGAAGGAACAAGAAAAGCCUAAAGAAACUGUAUCUGGUGUUGGCGUAUUUGAGCUGGCACCUGAUGAAAAGAAGAAGCAUCUUGCUCAGGCCAGUCUAACUCCAGUUGCUGUUGUUUCAUAG